UAAUGUAACUGCUCGGUUCCUGAAUAAACAGUGAAGUGAUAGCAGGGAGUGUUUCUUACUUUGCGGAACCAAGUUACCACACACAUGUACGACAAGUAUUAAGAUAACAGUAGAAAAUACUACGUUUCCCAGAGUUCCCCGCGCACUGCACCAAACUGAAUUCGAUCCACGCGCUCCACCUACCGGCUCCAACAGUGACCACUGCUGCUGGUGACAAGCUGAUGAGUCGCGUGCGUGUGGCGGCGGCAGCAGCAGCAGCAUCACCCCGGUCAAACCACCGCGGCACCGCAGCGAUACUGAACAGGUGUAGUUAGCUGACAAACAGCCAUGCUGAAAGCGGGCGCCACCAAGAUGGGGCUGCCCAAGCCGGGACUCCAGGAGCGAGCCAAACAAUCCUCCUUGGUCCCCUCCUCUUCCUCCAGCACCUCCACAGCCAUGAAAACCUCCAGAUCCUCCAACAUGCUUGCCUCAGACCAGCGUCUCAGCAGGCUUAAAAGAGCAAGCAGCGAUGAUGCCUUGACAAAGCCUGCACUGGGAGCUGCCGCAUCAGGCUCGAGGAUGAGGAAGACCGUAACCACAGGAGCCAUCUCAGAUCUGGCUGAGGCCCGUCCUCGCAGCCUGUCUGGUGUUCAAGCAGCCAAGAAGUCUGGUAUUCCAGCCCCUAGAGAAAUCCCUUCCACCAUAACAAGAGACCGCAUCUCUCUGAAGGACCAGCUGCGGAGCUCCUCCACAAAGAGAAUGGUUUCUAGCACCAGUACUUCCAGCCUCUCUAACCUGUCAAAGACGCGUUCUUUAACUAAGUCCCGUGGAGAUGCGGAGGGCCAGGAAAAGGGCCUUCUAGAGUGCCAGGUGAAGGAGCUGCUGGCUGAGGCUAAGGCUAAAGACUUGGAAAUCAGCAAUCUCAGGAUGGAGUUACAGCGCUGCAAAGAUAAAGCCUCCUCUGCUUCCUCUUCGCCCUCGUCUCACUCUGUCUCACGCCAAGAAACUGCUGUUGAUCGAGAGCAGGAACAGGUGAUGGAGGCACUUGUUCUAGUUGGGGAGCUGAGGGAGAAAAACGGGAAGUUUCAGAGAGAGUUGGCGGCACUCAGAGAGGAGAACCAGGUGCUGAAGGAAAAGCUGCUUUGCUUGGAGGCUUCUCCACUCUCUAGUACAAGCCCAAGCUCUCCCUCUAAACCCUUGGUGAAUGGCCUGCCCUCAGACUCCAACUCCUCAGCUUCACAACAAGACAGCCCCCCUCCUACUGCCAGCCCACUCAAAACCUCUGUUUCCUCCAGCUCUGAUAUCACCAAGGACUCACCAUCACCUGACUCCUCCGAGUUUGAGAAGAUUCCGUCAUGUUCAGAAUCAGUGAGCAGUGGCGUAAGCGGUGAAAUGGUUGCAGCAGCGCCCAUUACCAAUGCACAGGGACGGGAAGUGCAGAGCCUAACUGAACAGAUUCACAAGAUGGAGGAAAGCCACCACAGUACAGCAGAGGAGCUGCAGGCAACAUUGCAGGAGCUGGCCGACCAGCAGCAGGUGGUACAGGAGCUGACGGCUGAAAACGAGCGUCUGGCUGAGGAAAAGCGUCUCUUGCAGACUUCACUCCAACAGCAAAGGGAACGCGUGGAGGUGCUUGCCCAGAAGAAUGAGGCGCUGGCUGUGCGACUCCAGGAGCAAGCCCAAUCUCAGGCCAAGAGGGAGGAGGAGCUGGGCGGCCAAGGGCCCAGGCUGGCUGAGCUGGAGCAGAGGUAUUCUGAACUGGUGGAGAGCUCACACUUCGAACGGGAGAAACUGGUGGACAUCCAGCAGCAACUGACCGGCAGCCUGCGAGUUCUGGAGGAGGAGCACCAGGAGGCCCAGGGCCAGGUGCGCUGCCUCAGAGAGGAGGUGGACAGAUUGCAAGCCCAGUUGGACAGGGAGCUGGAAGUUGUAGGUCAGGCAGCACAGGUUGCAGAGGAGCAGAAGGUAACAGCAGAAUGUCUCCGAUUGGAAAACAGCAGACUGAAGGCACAGGUGGACAUUGAGAGACAAAAGGUAGGUGAGCUGAAGGCCAUGCAAAGUGCCAGUGACAGCACGGAGCUGCAGAGCCUGCUGAAGACAGCCCACACUGAGAGAGACAGGCUGGAAAUGGAGCUGACAGAGCUGAGACAGGAGCUGCUAAAGGCCCAGGCUGAUACUGAACAUGUGCAAGCCUCAAUGUCCAAGGUGGAGGCCAAAUGCCAGCAAAUUCAGGAGUGGGCUGAGAGGAGAGAGCAGGAGUUCAGCAGCCAGCUGACUUCCCUGGAAGAUGCUGCGAUCCAGGCUGAGAAGCACGUGAAGGAGCUGAAGGAGACCAUCUUUGAACUGGAGGACCAGGUGGAGCAGCAGAGGGCCAUUAACUGUCACACCAACCAAGCUGUCCUGGACAUGGAGAAUCUCGCUAAAAAGCUGGAGGAGCAGAAAACUGAAGCAGAGAGACAGCUGAAAGUCUUGAAUAGACAGAUGAAGGACGAGAAAGAGGAGUGGCGCCGCUUCCAGGCAGACCUCCAGACGGCAGUAGUGGUGGCCAAUGACAUCAAGGUGGAGGCUCAGCAGGAGCUGCGCACCCUCCGCAGGCAGCUGCAGGAGGAGCAGGAUCGCAGCUCAAAGCUUUCUGCCGACCUAGAAGCCCUGCAGGGAGUCAGGUCCCAAGGUGACGAGGUGAGGGCGUCCGACUCUGACACCAACCGCCACUGGUGUGGUAUCUCCAUGAUCCCGACCACGCCCACCGAUGCCAUUGGAGAUGCCGACUCAGAGCCCGGAGCUACUGUCAAAUCCCUCAUUAAGUCCUUUGAUACAGUUGGACAGAAUGGACCCGGUCACACAGUUCAAAUGCAUUCCUCACCAAGAAGCCCGCUGAGUGGAAUUCCAGUCCGCACCGCCCCUGCUGCUGCCGUCUCUCCUGUCCAGAGACACUCGUACAUACGGCCACUGUCAAAGACUUUGGAAAAAAGAAUCAAUCAGGGGGAAUUCUCUCGUCCUCACGAUAAGAGCUGUGGUGAAGACAUAAAACCCAACAGCCUUAUGAGGAAGAGUCCUUCCCUGGAAUCUGUUAUUAAAACUCCCAUCUCCCUCGGCGGCCGCACGGCGUCCUUCAGCUUCAACCGUGGCAACAGCAAACUCAGUGUGGAAAGAAAGGACCCCUUGGCUGCUCUGGCGCGGGAGUAUGGAGGAUCUAAGCGGAACGCUCUACUGAAGUGGUGCCAGAAGAAAACAGAAGGCUAUCCGAAUAUCGACGUGACCAACUUCAGCAGCAGCUGGAGCGACGGCUUGGCUUUCUGUGCCCUCCUGCACACGUAUCUUCCUGCCCACAUCCCAUACCAGGAACUCAUCAGUCAAGACAAGGUCCGGAAUCUGACCCUGGCUUUCCAGGCCGCCGAGAGCAUUGGCAUCAAACCCUCCCUGGACAUCGAGGAGCUGAUGAAGACCGACAGGCCGGACUGGCAGAGUGUCAUGCAGUACGUCUCUCAGAUCUACAAGUACUUUGAAACAUGAGCGGUGAGGAGGAGGAGGAGGAGGAGGAGGAGGAGGACCUGUGCCCGCCGACGACUGGAGGCACUGCAGCACUUUUCCACUCAGUCUGUCAAACCCGCGUUCACCUUUCCAGACAAAGCAAGACAAGCAAAACGCUGCCACUUGAAUCCUCAUGUCGGACACCAGAGACGGGACUGUCUUACUGUCGUGAAGUUGCUGUGUUGUGUGUUAAUGCGUCAGCA